UCUUGAAGUCCGGAACUAAAACAAUAGUUGGAACUUUUGACGCCAGAAGGUAAACAGAGCGGCAGCGGGGAUGAAGUGGGCUCUGCUCCACGUGUCGCUGGCCUUCCUGUUGUGCGUGGCCGUGGCAAACACCAGCCUGUUCCACGGAGUCGCAGUGGACUUGUCCUUUGAUCACUAUGCGGAGCCGCGGGUGGAGGGCGUGCCCUUCUUCCUGUCGAUGCCCUGUAACUGCCUGGUGAACGUGGCUUACGUCAUCAUGGGACUCUACUGGCUGCUGCAGCGGCGAGGAAGCGGCGCGGAAACGCGGCAGAGCCGCUACCUGAGACAGGUGUUCGCGCUGAUGGCGGUCUUUUACGCACCUGUGCAGUGGACGCGCCUGGCGGUACUGAGGCGCGCUCCCGCCGUGCUCGACCAGUGGUUCACGCUGCCCAUCUUCACGUGGGUUCUGGUCUGGAUCGGCUUCAUCGAGCGCGGGCCGGCGAAGUGGCGCGCGUCGCACGCGGCAGCGGUGGAGGCGUGUUCUCUGCUCAGCUACGGCCUCGCGCUGGUGCACGAGCGCGGCUUCGAGGUGGCGCUGGGCUGUCACGUGGUCCUCGCGGUGUACCGGGGAGUACGCGUGCAGCUGGCGCGCGGAGACAGUGUCUCGCGGCUGCACCUGUUGCUGGCUGUGCUGAGCUGCGUGGGUUUCGUGGUGUUGAAGCUGCUAGAUCACUGGCUCGCUCGGUACAGACUGUUCCAGCGCUUCACUGGACACUUCUGGUCCAAAGUGUGUGACGUACUGCAGUUUCACUUCAGCUUCUGCUUCCUGACGUCACUGACGCAAAGAGCGCAGGAGAAGAGUUCCUCACAACGGCAGUGAGAGGACAACGUCAUGUCCCGGUUUCUGGUGCCGUUCCAUUUACAUCAGAAGUCCAACGUUGGAAUUGGGUGUGACGUCAUCUUUGGGUUAAAGCAUUCCAGUAAAGAAGUGGGAAAAAAAAUAUACAUAGGCAAAUAUGACGAAACCGUUUUAACGGUUAGUCUCUACAGAGUAUUCACUACCGAUAUCUGCAAUGUCAUUUUUACUAGUCAAAAUAUCUGUAAUUUAGUUUUUACUAAUCACAAUAUUUGUAAUUCGUAAAAAAAAAAGAAACAUUAAUAAUUGCUGCAUCUUUAUUCAAAAACUGAUGUAGUGAGAAGUAACACUUGGCUACACUUGUCCAAACAUCCAUGGUGAGAGCAAGUUUGUUGUUGUUGUUUAAAGCAGUCUUCACUUCAUUGAAUGACUGUCCAUAAGCUUCCUCGAGGGAAGAGUGUAACCAGGAUUCAAGGUGUGAAACAUCGUCUCGAAGCCGUCAUCUUCGACCAUUGACAGAGGCCUCAUGUCAGUGACUAGCAUGUUAAGGAUGCUUUGGGUCAAGACAGAUGCUUGCUGUGGUGUACAUGAUGGUGUUCCAAUCAGGAAGCCACUCUUUUCUGCAAUGACAAAGAUAUUAAAAAUAUGAAUAUAUUAGUAUGUAAAACAGCACAAGUUACAUAAACUUAAUAUGCCUCGUUUUAGUUAUCAAUGAUGUUGAUUUUGACCCUGUCUGACUACAAUCUCACCUGCUUACUACAGAAGAUUUACACUUGAAGCUUAAUCAUUACAUUAUUAAUCAAUCCUAAAUCGAGGAUAAUUAAAGAUAUCUUGAACUUGAAUUAUGAUGAUGGUCAGAAAUAAGUUAUACUAUGUAUUAUAUCUGAAACUGGAAUUAGAGAUAUCUGAUAUGAACAGCUGUGCCACGACGCAAUCGUAUCUGUUAGCAAUACCACAAGUCAGAAUGUCUUAGUCUUCCAGUUGGAUUUCCAGGAUUCCAAGAUGGCAGCCACUUGUACAAACACAGUCUGAAACAUAGUAGUGUUCAGUUUUUGUUUGUUUCGUUGUUAUCGACUGUAUUUCUAACAAUGA